UCCUACUAUAUAUUCACUGAUACUAAUUAAUCAACCAUCGUUUCAAGUGCUAUUCCUUGUACGUCUCUCAUGCAUAUUGACACAAUUUGGAUCCAACAACUAUUAGGUUUGGAGCAUCUUGAUUAAUUCACCAGAAAGCAUAGAUAUAUGUGAUGGAAUCCGUCCGAGCGUACUUGAAUAGUCCAAUGGGUCCUAAAACAACUCACUUUUGGGGUCCUAUGGCCAAUUGGGGAUUUGUCAUCUCUGGAAUGAUGGAUACAAAAAAGCCCCCAGACGCGAUAUCUGGCAACAUGACUGCAGUGUUGUGUAUAUAUUCGAUGUUGUGUAUGAGAUUUGCAUGGAUGGUGAGGCCUAGAAAUCAUAUGUUGCUAGCUUGCCAUGCUGCUAAUGAAUCUGUCCAACUCUACCAACUUUCUCGUUGGCUACGCUAUAGGAACCUCCAACCAAAGGAAGAGGCAGCGGCUUCUGAUUAGUGCGGAA